CAGAGUGAUGUGGAGCUGAGGCUUUAUACUCAUACUAGAGCUAAUGGGAGACGAGGGAUGCGCAUCUGAACCACAAAGCUCCUGACUCAGUUUGGAAAAAAGCAGCUUUGGAGAACCACCAAGUCGCACCUCGAGAAGAAACUAGAUGUCUGUAUGAGAAAAAGUGAAGAUUUCCUCUCGACUAAGACAAGAGUGACAGCCAAGCCAAAAGGAGAGGAGUUCACUUUAAGGUCCCCUUUAGAGAGUAGAGAAAAACUACCGGAAUCCCUUGACUGAGAGGCUUCAGUCUUCUCUUCUACAGCAAGAUGCCUGUGAUGAAGGGCCUCCUCGCUCCACAAAACACCUUUCUGGACACCAUCGCAAACCACUUUGACGGCACUCACAGUAACUUCCUGCUGGGAAAUGCUCAAGGUCGCCAUGGCUACCCCAUCGUGUACUGCUCAGAUGGGUUCUGCGAGCUGACCGGCUUCGUUCGGACUGAGGUGAUGCAGAAAACUUGUGCCUGCAGCUUCCUCCACGGAGUUGAGACCAAUGAGAGCGUCAUCCAGCAGGUGGACAAAGCUCUGGAGGGCCAGCAGGAGUUCCAGGGAGAAGUCUGCCUCUACAGAAAAAAUGGAAAUCCAUUUUGGUGCUUGUUGGAUAUUGUGCCGAUAAAAAACGAAAAAGGUGAAGUGGUGCUGUUCCUCUUAUCCUUUAAAGAUGUCAGUGAAACUUAUGGGAAGAGUCAUCGCUGCAACCAAGGAGACGGUAUGUCAGAUGCUGAUCACGAGAACAUCAAAAGCAAUCGAUCACACUUUUCCCAAGCCCGAGAAAGAGGGAGGACCAUCCUGCAGCACCUCAGAAACUUGUUCACGAAGACGGACAAGAGGAAACUGACCGGUGAUGUGUUUCAGAAACCAUCUCUACCUGAGUACAAAGUGGCAGCCGUAAAGAAAUCACGUUUCAUCCUGCUUCACUACAGCAUCUCCAAGGCCUUGUGGGACUGGCUCAUUCUACUGGCGACCUUCUACGUCGCUGUGGCUGUACCCUAUGACAUAUGCUUCGUCAGCCAUGUCCAGGGAAAUGGACAUGACUCUCUCAUCAGUCGCAGCACUAUAGGCACUGACAUCGCAGUGGAGAUGCUCUUCAUACUUGAUAUCAUCCUGAAUUUCCGCACCACAUUUGUGAGUCAGUCAGGUCAGGUGGUGUACGAUGCUCGAUCCAUCUACCUCCACUACUGCACCACUUGGUUCUUUGUGGAUCUGAUCGCAGCUUUGCCCUUUGAUCUUCUCUAUGUCUUCAACAUCACUGUGACUUCGCUUGUGCACUUGCUGAAGACGGUUCGUCUGCUGCGUCUUCUGCGCCUGCUACAGAAACUGGACCGCUACUCCCAGUACAGCGCUGUGGUCCUGACUCUGCUCAUGUCUGUGUUUGCCCUGCUGGCUCACUGGAUGGCCUGUGUCUGGUACGUCAUUGGACGCCAGGAGAUAGAAAGCAGUGACCCUGUUACCUGGGAUAUAGGCUGGCUUCAAGAACUGGGAAAGCGUCUGGACACGCCAUACAUCAACAGCACCACGGGUGGUCCCUCCAUGCCGAGCGCCUACAUUGCCUCUCUCUAUUUCACCCUCAGCAGCCUCACCAGUGUCGGUUUUGGCAAUGUAUGUGCCAACACAGACGCAGAAAAAAUCUUCUCUAUCUGCAUCAUGCUCAUUGGGGCCCUGAUGCAUGCAGUCGUCUUUGGGAAUGUAACAGCCAUCAUCCAGCGAAUGUACUCCCGGCGCUCUCUCUACCAUACCCGGAUGAAGGAUCUCAAGGACUUUAUCCGUGUGCAUCGGCUUCCCCAGAUGCUGAAGCAGAGGAUGCUGGAGUACUUUCAAGCCACCUGGUCGGUCAACAAUGGCAUCAAUGCCAAUGAGCUGCUGCGUGACUUCCCAGAUGAACUGCAAGCUGACAUUGCCAUGCAUCUGAACAAAGACAUCCUGCAGCUGCCUGUAUUCGAGCGAGCCAGCAGAGGUUGUCUGCGCUCUCUCUCCCUACACAUCAAGACCUCCUUCUGUGCACCUGGGGAAUAUCUCAUCCGACAAGGAGACGCCCUGCAAGCCAACUACUUCGUUUGCUCCGGUUCCCUAGAGGUUCUGAAAGAUGGCAUGGUCCUGGCCAUACUGGGUAAAGGGGACCUCAUUGGGGCUGACCUCCCAGAACAGGACCAGGUUAUCAAGACCAAUGCAGACGUGAAGGCGUUGACCUACUGUGACCUUCAGUACAUCAGUGUUAGGGCUUUCAGGGAGGUCCUCGGGCUUUACCCAGAGUACGGCAGUCGGUUCAGCUCCGACAUCCAUCAAAACCUCACCUACAACCUGAGAGAAGGCAGUGAAGCUGACGGAGUAACAAAGUUUCCAUGGUCGUCCAGGCUGUCCCAGGGUCGCGGUUCUGUGGACCAGAAACUGCCCUUCAUUAUCGAGUCAGAUGGUUUGUACCAUGGAGAAGAUGUAAAACACACUCAGCAAAGGAAGCUUCCUCUGUUACAUGAAACAGGCAGCCCUGUCCGUCAACCCUGCCUCAGCACGCUGUUGGGUGAGGAGCUCCACCACAUCAAUGCCUUCCGCCUUUGUCGAUCCCCUGUUCAGGGUGGCCGAGGCCGCAGCCCGUCUCCUCAGCCGUUCUUCUCCGAGGAGCUCUCUCCGUCUCCUCUGCCUGGUCUUAUUAGUGACUCAGGCUUGCCUGCCAAGCUGCUCAUGCCAUCCUUACCUUGUGUUAGUCCACUGAACCUGAGCCCAAGGGUUGUGGAUGGAAUCGAGGAUAAUGGCCGCACGUUUCAGUUUAAUUUGGAGAACAGCGACAUGAAGGCUAACGUCUCAGAACGGUUUCAGACGAGUGCUAACCUGCUUCAAGAGACAGAAGAAGUGAGACAGAACGUCAGCACACUAAACAAAGAGGUGAACAACUUGAACCAAGAAGUAUCCAACCUGGCAAAGGAGCUCCACGACAUGAUGCAUUUCCUACAGUCUCAUAUGACAAUGCUCCAUUAUCCCUCAACAGUUUCUAAAUAUUCUUAUGGCGUCCAAAUGUCUCCCAGCCCUAGUGUGACUGCCUCCAGCAGCUGGCAGCCUCAAGUGCCUUUACAUGGCUCCACUGGGCUGCACCUCCAUCAUGAAGCUAUCAGCCACCCUGCCAGAAACAUGUGGGGCUGCAAUAGGAUGUCCUCCCAGGCCAGAAGUUCGAGUUUGCUGCACUCGUCAAGCCCCAUGUCGUCGUGUUUGCACCUGUGCUGCUCCGACAGAGAAGGGACCACAGCCCACAGGUUGCAUUGCCAGUGUAGAACAACGCCUAAUUCUCCCUGCAUGUCCUACCAACAUGCCCAGACAGGUCCUUCCCUCCUCAGUCCUGCCUUCAGCAAUUUCCCAGUGUCCCAUUGUCAGGCCUCACAGGUGGCCUACAACACUUCGAUUCCCACCAUCAGCAACUCUCACCCAAUAUGUUCCCCGGUAAAUUCAAGCUACUCCCACUCAUCUCUGAGUGUCCAAACCAGUUCUGAUCCACCACAAAACCAGACUAACUCCCAGACACCCAUCCAUUCCUCCAUCACCCCCUCUGGCCUGCCGCAGUAUCACACCACGUUUAGCUCUCUGAGUCCUUUAAGAGUCCACACUUCAUUACGCACAGGGCACAAUCAGAUCCAUCAGGGUGCCAUCAGCGGCUCCAGGCAGGGUGAGCCAGAAGGAUCCAGCCCUGUGCAUCACAUACAGGGCGCGUCAUGUUCUCUGCUUGGGCAGGUUACAGACUGUCGAGCUUCACUGUAUCAAGAGAGGCCGGACAAUGUUGAAUAUCAAGACAUGAGCAUCAUUGCUCCAACUGUAGAAGUUCAACCACCUCUCUUGGACAUUGGAAGAAUACAAACGCCACAAUGAGGACCUCAGAGUCUAGUUGUCUUGUUUGUCGUACUUUAAAGACUUUAGGUGUGAAGGUUCAGUUACACUGACCAAAUGCAUGAGCACAUACUGAAACCCCUCUGCCAUAACUCAUUUAAACUUCAAUAUUGUAAUCAUUCUUUGUAGGAUAACCUGUGAUUGUGAAGUUGUUAGAGAUUGCAUAUUCUGUGAAAAAUAAAACUGUUACAGGCUAAAUUGUUUUAUAUAUGAUUACAAAUGCAUCACUCAGUCUAUACAUGUGUCUUUCAAUACACUAGCACAAGAAAGAAUCAUUGUAGAUAAUUCCACUGCUGCCAUCAGAGCAGAUACACCUUACCAGUUUAACCAGGCUUACAUGUGAUAUGCAUCUAAGCUCUACUGGUAUGCAGCGCCACUCAGUGGUGACAGUUGGUUGUAUCAUUUCAUAAUUAAGAACAAAGAAACCAACAUAAAAUAAUAUGUACCGUAUAUAUUCUGAUUAUUGACAUUAAACUGAGAAUAAAGUUUUGUGAAAACAGAUAUAAUCUGGAGUAAAACUGUAUGGUUGACAAUGAAAAUCACAUUUUUUUUUGUACUGCACAUUUUCAGAGAUGUAGCCUACUAGGGUUUGUUGUGGGCUUUGCCACUUACUUUUCAGAUUUAAGAGAUAUUUGAGAGAUGUUUUGUUUAAUUUGCGGUAGAAAACUUUAAAAACUGGUCAAGUUGCUGCACAGCACCUGUGUAGUUCCUACACCAGCUUUCCUGAACAAUUUGCACUUUUUUCUGCUUGAACCAUUCAUGACCUUUUACAGAUAAUGGAGCACUCUAAAAGCUACCCCUAGUUUUUCACGCACAUACAAUGGACUGCACUUAUAACAAGGACUAGCUUUAAUUUACUUUGGAGGGCAUUGGGAUUCCUGAACACCUUACAACUACUCUUUGUCAUGUGUUCUUAACUAUGAA